AUGGCCCGUCUUCUGCGGGCCGCGGGGAUGAUGCUCUUGCAGUUGGCGCUGCCCACCGGCGCCCUGAUGUACCAGAGCCUAUCGACGGUGGAGGCGCUGUCCCACUCCCCGGAGGAGAGCGCGGCGAUGCGCAAGGAGGCCUUCGAGAAGGAGUUCACCGUGCGGCUGAACGUGGCGACCGGCACGCCGCUCGGCCUCAAGCUCGACGUGGAGAGCGAGUUCCAGCCCCCGUCUCUGAAGGUGAUCAGCGACGGUCUCGUGAAGGAGUGGAACGAUGCCAAUCCUGACAAAGAAGUGCUCGUCGGAGACCACAUCGCGAAGGUCAACGGGCACGCCUGGCACCACAACACGAAACUCUUCGGCGAGCGCAUGAAGUCGCUCUUCCAGGCCGCGAAGAAGAACGCCUCCGGCACCGACGCGUACCUGAACAUGACCAUCCGCAGGCCGAGGCGCCAGGGCGCGGGGCUCCCCCCGCAGCUCCUGGACCUGCACAAGCGCCUCUACGCCAGGGACUUCGUAGCACAGCUGGCCAUCGACAGCUCCAAGGUGCAGCGGACGCUGGCCGAUACGCUGGGUUGGAAGCUCAACGUGUCGUCCGACUACUGGGUUCCGGUGACGAUCUCGGAGAUCAGGCAGCCGAGCAUCGUGGCGAAGUGGAACGAGGAGAACCCCGAGAGCAGCAUCCUGCCCGGGGACGAGAUCAUGCGUGUCAACGCGGUGACGUGGCAACACAACUCGUACCUGUUCAUCGAGAAGGUCGUCAAGGAGUUCAAGGCCUCGCUCGGCAGCACGCUGGAGAAGAAAGGCUCCCUGGCCCUCGCGGUGGCGGUCCGGCGCCCGGCGCCCAGCCGGCGCGGGGCCACGCCGACGAAGGAGGGCGGCCAGCACGCGAGGGUCGAGGAGCCCUCCGCCCAGGGCGCCGCGGCCGCGCCGGCGUCGCCCACCACGGGCGCGCCCGGGGCGGCGGCGUUGCCCGCGGCCGCCGCGCCGGAGGCGACCGCCGAGCCCGGGCCUGCGUCUGGCGCGAAGGGGUCCACCGACGCGCCAGCCGCCGCAGCGCCCGCCGCCGAGGAGCCCAGCAACGAGGGCGCCCUCGAGGGGCAAAUCGCGGAGCUCAGGGCCCAGCUCCAGGCCGCAAUGGCGGAGGCCGCCAAGCCGGGCGGCGCCGCGGGCAAGGCCACCGAGCCGCGGGGCGUCGCGGAGGGGGCCAUCGAGCCGCAGGGCGCCGCCGAGGGGGCCAGCGAGCAGCCGGCGCCCGCGGGGCAGAAGGCCAUCGAGGAGAAGCCCGCGGAGAAGGAGAUCCAGAAGCCGGCGGUCGCGGAGGAGGAGGCCGAUGGGGCCGCGAAGCCCGCGGAGAAGGAGGCCCACCAGCAGCCAGCGGUCGCGGACGAGGAGGAGGAGGAGGAAGCCCUCGAGGAGAGGCCCGCGGAGGAGGAGGUCCAGCAGGCGUCGGCGGAGGAGGAGGAAAAGACCGAGGAGGCCACCUGGACUGACGUCGAGAUGGACCUCUUCGCGAAGCUGCAGGGCCGGGUGCGGGAGCUCCAGGCGAAGGUCGACGCGGCCGAGAUGGAGAAGCGCCAGGCCGCGGCCGGCGCCCAGGGGGCGGCGGGCGGGGAGCGCGGCCGCGAGGAGGCGCGCCAGGCCGGGGAGGUCGACGUCCAGGAGGGGGGCCUCGGCGACGAGGCCUCGAUCCGGCUCCCCUCCGCGCAGGAGGCCUCCAGGGAGGGCGCGGCGGUGGCCGCCGAGGCGCACGGAGGCGCCGCGGGCGGCGCCGCAGAGGACGACGAUGGCUUCCUCGUGGUGACGUGCGCGUCGUGGUGCGGGGGCCACACAGACGCGUGGGCCAUGAAGUGCACGUUCAAGGGCUGCGGAGCCUGCGAGGCGUGCGCUGCCGAGGCCGACGAGGACCGGGCGGCGCGCAGCGCCACGGAGGGCGCCGGGGCGGAGGCGGGCGAGGAGCGCAGCCCCGCCGCGGCCGCCGCGGAGGGCGCCUCGGAGGAGCAGCGGGCCGCGGAGCUGCGGCCGCCGUGGGCCGCCGCGGAGGAGGAGGAGAAGCGGGGCAAGGGCCGGGAGGCUGCUGGGCCGAGGGCCGCCGAGGAGGGCUCGGCUGGGGAGGCUGCCGCCGAGGCGGCGGCCGCGGAGUCCGGCGGCGAGGUGGAGCAGCUGGAGCAGCAGCUGGAGCGGGCGGCGCGGGACCUGGCGGCGGUGAGGGCCGCGCAGCAGGAGGCCGCGGACCGGGAGGCGGCCGAGGCGCAGAGGCGAGCGGCCGAGGAGACGGCGCCCGAGAGGGCGGUCGAGGCGAGCAGGCGGGCGAGGGCCGCCGCGAGGAGGGCGGCGGAGCAGAGGGCCGCCGAGCUGCGGCCGCCCUGGGCCGCGGCGGCCGCGGCGGAGGAGGAGGAGGAAAAGGAGGAGGAGGAAGCCGUCGCCACCGAGGAUGCCUCCGCGCGCGACGGGGGCGCCGCCGAGCCGGCGGCCGCGGAGGAGGGCCCCGCCGGGGAGGCCGCCGAGCCGGCGGCCGCGGAGGAGGCCCCCGCCGGGGAGGCCGCCGAGCCGGCGGCCGCGGAGGAGGGCCCCGCCGGGGAGGCCGCCGAGCCGGCGGAGGAGGGCCCCGCCGCGGAGGCCGCGGCCGCGGAGGAGGGCUCCGCCGGGGAGGCCGCGGAGCCGGCGCCCGUGGCCGCGGAGGCGAAGGAGGCCCCCGGGAUCAGCGAGAGGCUCAGCCAGAUCGAGCGCCAGUUGGGCGCGCUCCUGGGCAGGCUCGGCGAGGGGGGGAACGCCAGCGCCGCCCAGCAGACGGAGAAGCUGCACGAGCUGGGGCAGACCCAGGCCGAGGAGCGCAAGAAGGUCGCGGGGCUGCUGGGGCUCGGCUCGGAGCGCGCGGCCGAGGCGGACCUGGACUCCGCACGGGCCUCCCUGGAGCAGCUGCUGCAGGCGCGCGAGAGGAGCGCGGCCGAGGCGGAGCAGCAGCGCCUCGCCCGCGAGGGUGCCGCUCUGGCGGAGCAGCAGCGGCUCGUUCAGGACGCCGUCGCCAACAUGACCAGGCGCGUGGAGGAGGAGGUCGAGGCGCGCGAGAAGGGUGCGCUCGACGCCGAGCGGAGGCUGGCGGGCGAGGCCGCGGCGAUGGACGAGCAGCGGCGGCAGAUCACCGAGAUGCUCGGCCGGCUGGACGAGGAGUCGAGGCACGCCGACGCGAAGUCGGAGCUGGCCGCGGAGAAGGGGCGGAGGGCCGAGGAGGAGGCGAGGCAGCUUGAGGCGAAGGCGGGGGAAGCCGAGGAGAGGACGCGGCGGGCCGAGGCGAGCAAGCUGCAGGCCGAGGGGGAGGCGAGGCAGGCCGAGGAGGAGGCGAGGCAGGCCAGGGAGGAGGCGAGGCAGGCCGACGACAGGACCCGGCAGGCCAGGGAGCUGUCGGAGCAGGUCCUGGAGGAGGCGAACCAGGUCGAGGAGAGGCUAAAGCAGGUCGAGGAGAAGACACGGCAGGCCGACGAGAAGGCGAGGCAGGCGGAGGAGGCGACGCAGCAGGCGGAGGAGGAGUCCAAGGAGGCCGGGGAGAAGACGGCGCGGGCCGAGGAGGAGGCGAGGCGGGCCGAGGAGAAGACGCGGCAGGCCGACGCGAGGGCGCAGGAGGUCGAGGAGGAGGCGAGGCAAGCCGCCGAGAGGAUGAGCCAGGCCAAGGACGUCUCGCUGCUGGUCGCGGAGGAGGCGACGCAGGCCCAGGAGAGGCUGAAGCAGGCCGAGGAGACGUCGAAGCAGGCCGAGCUGAAGACGCGGCAGGCCGAGGAGGAGGAGAGGCGGGCCGAGGAGAAGGCGACGCAGGCCGAGGAGGAGACGAGGCGGGCCGAGGAGAAGGCGAAGCAGGCAGAGGAGGAGGAGCGGCAGGCCGAGGAGGAGGCGAGGCAGGCCGAGGAGAAGACGACGCAGGCCAGGGAGCUGUCGGGGCAGGUCGUGGAGGAGGCGAAGCACGUUGAGGAGAAGAUGAAGCAGGCCGAGGAGAAGUCGAAGCAGGCCGAGGAGAAGUCGACGCUGGCCGAGGAGGAGGAGAGGCGGGCCGACGAGAAGGCGAAGCAGGCCGAGGAGAAGGAGCGGCAGGCCGAGGAGGAGGCGAGGCAGGCCGAGGAGAAGACGACGCAGGCCAGGGAGCUGUCGGGGCAGGUCGUGGAGGAGGCGAAGCACGUUGAGGAGAAGAUGAAGCAGGUCGACGAGAUGACGAAGCAGGCCGAGCUGAAGAUGCGGCAGGCAGAAGAGGAGGCGAGGCAGGCGGAGGAGAAGGCGAGGCAGGCCGAGGAGAAGACGAGGGGGGCCGAGAAGGAGGCGAGGCUGGCCGAGGAGAAGACGCGGCAGGCCGACGAGAAGAUGCAGCAGGCCGAGGAGAAGGAGCGGCAGGCCGAGGAGGAGGCGCUGCAGGCCGAGGGGGGCAUGGCGCGGGCCAAGGAGCUCUCGGGGCAGGCCGUGGAGGCGGCGCGGCGGGCCGAGGAGAAGGCGAGGCUGGCCGACGAGAAGGCGGGGCGGGCGGAGGCGCAGACGCGGCAGGCCGAGGAGGCCGCCCGGCGGGCCGAGGAGAAGACGCGGCACGCCCGGGAGCUGUCGGGGCAGGUCGUGCAGCAGGCGAGGCUGGUGGAGGCGAGGCUGAAGCAGGCCGAGGAGAAGUCCAGGCAGGCCGAGGAGAAGUCGAAGCAG